GCUCAUUGCAAAUCCUGCAAAAACGAAGCCAGCUGCAAAGAAAAAGACUAGUUGAGGUUCACCUUUCUGCUCAUUUAGGGUUAAACUCUCAGACAGUUGACUUCCUCCUGCAGAUCUCUCAGUCCAACACCCUGGCAGGCCCUCCUCAGUAUUUUUCCUCAAGUAAAUGUUAUAAAUAGUGCUGUGUGCUCUGUCCAUCCUCCUCUCAAAGUGUCUCUCAGCUCUGCCCACCUCCUCUCUCCUCCUCUGUCCGUCUGUUUCUCAGCACAAACAAACAGGAUCAAGCGUUCGCCUUUGCUCUUCACAUUUCUCUGCAGAUCUCUGAGACUUUUGCAGGAUUUUUCUAACUGACCCGAGUUACAUUUACAAGCUUUUCAGGAUGCGCUGUGUGAGCUGGUUGUUGCUGUGGACCUGCCUCCUGAUGCUGGGCAUCGUAGUGCGGGGUGCCCCGGCCCAGUGCCCGAGCCAGUGCCACUGCCACGGUGACCUUCAGCACGUCAUCUGUGACAACGUGGGGCUGAAGAAGAUCCCUCGGGUGUCGGAGGCCACCCGUUUGCUGAACCUGCAGAGGAACAACCUGGGCAGCAUACCCACGGGAGCCUUCAGCGAAAGCAAGGGACUCAUCUCUCUGCACAUGCAACACUGCCACCUCCGAGAGAUCGGAUCCCAGGCCUUCAAGGGGCUGAACAAGCUCGUCUACCUCUACCUGUCCAACAAUGACAUCAGCACCAUCAAGCCCGGUGCCUUUGAGGAUCUCACCGAGCUCACCUACCUCCACCUAGACGGGAACCAGAUCAGCGACCUGCCAAAGGGCAUCUUCUCCCCAAUGAUCAACCUCUUUGUUCUGCAGCUCAGCGACAACAAGCUGCGGGAGCUGCGUCAGGGGACCUUCUCGGGCGCCAAAGACCUGCGCUGGCUGCACAUUAGUAACAACGAGCUGACGACACUGCACGCGAGCUCUCUGGACGACGUAGAGAACCUCGCCAAACUUCACCUGGACGGCAACAAGAUGUCCACUUAUCCCAGCGUGGCAAUGAGCAAACUGCGGGUGGUGGAGGAGCUCACGCUGGGGAAGAACCCCAUGAAGACUAUCCCUGACAACGCCUUCCAGAGCUUUGGGCGCUAUAUGGAGAAACUACACCUGGACAACAUGGGUCUGGAGAAGUUAUCCGACGGCGCGUUUACCGGUGUGACGACGGUCAAGGUGCUUCACCUGGAAAACAACAGGCUAAAGUCAAUUCCCAAAAGCCUCCAGUUCAACACCAUCACCAACCUCACCCUCUUCAACAACCCGUGGAACUGCAGCUGCCAGAUAGCUCCACUGCGCAAGUGGAUGGACUCGAUCCCAAGCCUGAACCGUCCAGAUGCACUGUGCGCAUCUCCGAAUCAGCAUAAGGGCAAGCAGGUCAGAGACAUCACUGGCUUCAAGCGCUGCAGACCGAAGACAGCGAGGGCCAAAAAGGGCAUGCGCCAAUGAACUCACGGCCCACAGGAGACGCCGAGCAGGAGCCCGUCCAGGUGACCGGCUACAAUGAAAGCAAUGCUAACUGUUUCUACUUAAAGACUCUCCAUCUAUUCAUCUGCCAGAGGCUGUCAGCAGCAUAAACACAGACACACACAUCGCCCUUGGUCUGCUUCAGUUACACACAAACACGCAUCGACUUGAUUUAAAUAUAAUUCUCAUUCAUUUAUAUCAAAGAUGAAGUCUUCAGCAUGAAGUGGAAGCAGACGGGAUGGAAAAAAAGAGAAUCUUUUAAGUAAAUGAGGAAAACGUUGAGGGGAUUUUCCAUCCCGUCCCUGUGCAUUCAAUUUUUCAGCACAAUGGAAAAACCGUGAAUCAGUCUAAGCAAAACAAAACACAUGAGCUUAAAAUAAGCUCAUGUGUCAAGGAGAUUGUUUCCAUUCUUGUCUUUAAAGCUUUAAAAAGAAAGACUGGAAACACCCAUCAACCAUUGGCCAAAAAUCACCUGUGCGUGGUUGCUUGCUUGUCUGUUUUUCUUCCUGUUCAGCUCUUGGUAAAAGUGUCUUCUUCAACAUGUUAAACCACGUUUUUAAAGAGCCUCGAGUUCAGCCCCAGCAGAUGAGCUGAUAUCCUCAACGUGGCUCUCUGAGGAAGCCCCGCUCAGCUCCUGUUUCAACCUUCUGUUUGCAAGACACAGCCAAUCAGGCAAAAGUUGGCUUAAAAGGUGGAGGAGCUGAAAACAGCUCAGUUCAAACAGAGGAUAACGUGAAGAGCUGCACAAACAACGACACUUUAUCUAUCCUCGUUUCUGCAUGCACACCUUCACUGACAUUUAGAGUGGCCAAAAAGACUGAAAGUGAGGACAAGAUCAGUGAAUCGCCAUCUUUUUUCUACCCUGGUCAAUAAGAAGAUGAAUGCAGGGUCAUUGUAGCAAAUUCUUUGUGAGACAUUGUCACUUUUCACUUUUUUUUUUUUUAAACAAGCAUCUAACAGCAAAUCAGAGGGUUUCCUCAGACAUAGCUCAUGUAUAUUCAGCCUGGACUUUUGGAAGUGCUAACAUCCAAUAAACUUUUUACAGAUUCCUUCCUA